AUGUCUUUAAAAAGUGGUGUGUCAAAUUCCGGUUCAUUGGAGACAGAUCUCAGACACAGAAAGAGUAUUCCUGUAGAUGAGCGGCAGUCGGCAGCAGAGCUGGACGCUAUUCUACAGCAUCAUAACAACCUGCAGGAGAAACUGGCCGAUGACAUGCUGAAUCUCGCUCGCAACCUCAAGAACAACACACUCGCGGCCCAGAACAUCAUCAAGCAGGAUAACCAGACUCUCACUCAGUCUAUGCGUCAGGCCGACAUGAACUUCGAGAAGCUGAAGACCGAGUCAGAGCGUCUGGAGCAACAUGCCAAGAAAUCCGUCAACUGGUUCCUGUGGCUGAUGCUCAUCGUCGUCUCCUUCACGUUUAUCAGCAUGAUCCUCUUCAUAAGACUGUUCCCGCGACUCAGAUGAUGUUAAUCAUCAUUAGAACAGCUAGAGUUCAUUUAUAUAUAACAACAGGUUUACAUAGACACUAGGCAAUAGUAAUAAAGAUGAUUGACAGCCUCGAUUAUUCAGUCAGUCAGUCCUGCGAACAUUUCUGUUACCUGCGUGCCAUUGUUGAUGUCAUAACCAAUUUGCGCCGAAUCCCUGUGAAUGACGUCUUAAAUGAAUCCUCUUGUAGACUAUUUGUUCGAAUGUUCGUUUAAAUGAAUGGUAGCCUAUUUGAACUAUAAACUGUUUGUCAGUCAUUUAAAUACGUAACCUGACGCCAAACGUUCUUAAUACUAAUUUUGGGACCAGCAUUUUCGUCUUUUUAAAGAUGCGUUUAAGUUUUCGCUGAAUUGUCUUCAGUUCCAACAGGUUUAUAAAAUAUUGCUUAAUAUACUAUAUUUUGACACUAUAUACGAGCGUUAUAAUGACUAACAGUUUCAUCCAGCUUUAUCUGAAUUUAGUCGCUUUCUCACGUACGGUCGCUAUAAAAGGGGACCGAGCUGUUUUAAGGUCCGGUUGACCUGUCCAGACUCGCCUUGUCGAUCAGGAAAUGUUCUGGCAAACAGCAGGAAGUAUUUUUGCCCGUCGGGAGCACAGAUGGAGACUGUCUUCUCCUCUCGGAGAGUAAAUGGCCCAUAUUUAGCUGCUAACUAUCUAUUUGUGCUUGUUCCCUAUAUAUACCCUAGCACUUGGACGGAGAAUUAAGUAUUGUUCAGAUAUGGUUAACGUGUUUGUUAGUGCGCAGCACUAUUGAUGGAUCUUAAUGUUCAUUGUUUUGGGGGGUU